AUGACAGCGCUCCUUGACGUCGACAAGCUCGUGCGCUUCAGCAGGAGCUCGCCCGGCGCUGAUAAGCUGUACAAGACCAUUGGGUAUGGACUGGAUGCCGCUGCGUAUUUGUUCGCGCCCACAGCGCAGCCAGAGACGGCUCAGAAUAUCCACGCGCUGGCCUCGAAUAUCUCGAUGGCGCGUUACGUCCUGCGCUUCACUGGCGGCUUGGAGGCGUAUACGGCGUUGACAAAGGGGUUGUGGAGCUGCGAAGACGAUGACGAGCACGUGCAGCGUCUCGUGCGGCUGCAGGCGCUGUCGAUGGUCGUCUAUCACCCGCUCGAGCACGUUUCGUAUGUGGGAUUUGUCGCGCCUACACUGCUGAAUGUCGACGCGAUGCGUUUCUCUCGGCUCUCGUGUCGAGCGUGGGGCGUUUACGUUCUUUUGGAUAUUUAUGCGAGUGCACUUCGGAUUCGAGCACUAAAGGCGAAGAAAAAGCAGCUCCUGGCCAGAAAAGAUCUUACGGAUGAUGAGCGCUCGACGCUCCUCACGUGUAUCCGAGAUCGGUGUCGCGAACUAAAAUAUGUGCAACUGCGCAACCUUUUGAAUGCUGGCCCGUGCAUUCAGUGGUCUUUUGAGAGAAAAAUUCUCUCGGACCGCCUCGUGAGUUUCCUCUGCGCGGCGGAAGCUGCCAUCGGUCUCUGGCGCGCGUGGACGAUGGCUGAAUAA